CCGGAGCCCUCUGAUCUCUCCACCUGUCCCCUGUGCAUUCCCCACCCCGGACAGUGGCAGGACCGUCACUAUGUAAAUGUCUGUGCAAAUCCCUUGGAAUUAAGCGGCCAGCCCUCUGGUGAGGCAGAGCGACCUCUGGGGACCCCACUUCCCAGCCAUGGGACCUCAGGCCGGGGUGGUCUGCUCCCUGUUCUUUCUGCUCCAGGCCCUGGCUGUGCCGGCUGAGAACCCGGACUUCAGCCUGGCAGGGGAUUACCUCUUGGGUGGCCUCUUCACCCUCCAUGCCAACGUGAAGGGCACCGUCCACCUCAACUUCCUGCAGGUGCCCAAGUGCAAGGAGUACGAGGUGAAGGCGCUGGGCUACAAGCUCAUGCAGGCCAUGCACUUCGCGGUGGAGGAGAUCAACAACCACAGCAGCCUGCUGCCUGGCGUGCGGCUGGGCUACGAGAUGGUGGACGUCUGCUACGUCUCCAACAACAUCCAGCCCGUGCUCUACUUCCUGGCGCAGGAGGACUAUUUCCUGCCCAUCCAGGAGGACUACAGCCACUACGUGCCCCGCGUCGUGGCCGUCAUUGGCCCUGAAAACUCUGAGGCUACCAUGACUGUGGCCCACUUCCUCUCCCUCUUUCUCCUUCCACAGAUCACCUUCAGCGCCAUCAGCGACGACCUGCGGGACAAGCAGAGCUUCCCCGCGGUGCUGCGCACGGUGCCAGGCGCCGACCACCACCUCGAGGCCAUGGUGCAACUGAUGCUCCGCUUCGGCUGGAACUGGAUCGUUGUGCUGGUGAGCGACGACGACUACGGCCGCCGGAACAGCCAGCUGCUCAGCGAGCACCUGGCCCGCCACGACAUCUGCGUGGCCCUGCACGAGGUGCUGCCCACGCCGCAGCCCAGCCAGGUGGUGACGCGGCAGGAGCGCAGGCGCCUGGAGGCCAUCGUGGACAAGCUGCGGCACAGCUCGGCGCGCGUGGUGGUCGUGUUCUCGCCGGACCUGGCGCUGCACCACUUCUUCCACCAGGUGCUGCGCCAGAACCUCACCGGCACCGUGUGGAUCGCCUCGGAGUCCUGGGCCAUCGACCUGGCCCUGCACAACCUCACCGAGCUGAGCCACACGGGCACCUUCCUGGGCGUCACCACCGAGAGCGUGUCCAUCCCGGGCUUCAGCGAGUUUCGUGUGCGCCGGGCUCAGGCCAGGACGCCGGCGUCCAACAGGCCCAGCUCGGGGGCCACCUGCAACCAGGAGUGCGACGCCUGCCUGGCCGCCCUCGAGUCCUUCAACACCAUCCUCACGCUUUCCGGCGAGCGCGUGGCCUACAGCGUGUACUCUGCUGUCUAUGCCGUGGCCCACGGGCUGCACAGCCUCCUCGGCUGCAGCCAGACCCACUGCCCCAAGGAGGUGGUCUAUCCCUGGCGGCUGCUCCAGGAGAUCAGGAAGGUCAACUUCACCCUCCUGGGCCACCAUAUCUUCUUUGACGACCACGGGGACCUGCCCAUGCCCCUGGAGGUCAUUCAGUGGCAUUGGAACCAGAGCCAGAACCCAUUCCAGACCAUCGCCUCCUACCACCCCGCGCAGCGGCAGCUGAAGGACGUCCGCGGAGUCUCCUGGCACACCCCCGACGGCACGGUCCCCGUGUCCACGUGUUCCAAGGACUGCCAACCUGGGCAAAAGAAGAAGUCUGUGGGCAUCCACCCCUGCUGCUUUGAGUGUCUUGACUGCCCCCCUGGCACCUUCCUCAACAAAACUGAAGAUGAGUUUGACUGCCAGCCCUGCCCAAGCAACGAGUGGUCCCACAGGGGAGACACCUCCUGCUUCAAGCGGCAACUGACCUUCCUCCAGUGGCACAACGCACUAACCAUCUUUGUGGUCCUACUGGCGGCCCUGGGCUUCCUCGGCACCCUGGCCAUCCUGGCCAUUUUCUGGAGGCACCUCCAGACGCCCAUGGUCCGUUCGGCUGGGGGCCCCAUGUGCUUCCUGAUACUGACAUCGCUGCUGGUGGCGUACCUGAUGGUCCCCACGUACGUGGGGCCGCCCACGCCCGCCACGUGCCUCUGCCGCCAGACCUUCUUCACCCUCUGCUUCACCAUCUGCAUCUCCUGCAUCGCCGUGCGCUCCUUCCAGAUCGUCUACGUCUUCAAGAUGGCCCGCCAACUCCCGCGCGCCUAUGGCUACUGGGUCCGCUACCACGGGCCCUACGUCUUUGUGGCGGCCAUCACGGCGCUCAAGGUGGCCGUGGUGACAACCAAUCAGCUGAUCACUGCCACCGGCCCCACCGCCCGCGCCGACCCCGGGGACCCCAAGAUCAUGAUCCUCUCCUGCAACCCCGACUACAGCAAGGGGCUGCUGGUCAACACCAGCCUGGACCUGCUGCUCUCCGUGGUGGGCUUCAGCUUCGCCUACAUGGGCAAGGAGCUGCCCACCAGCUACAACGAGGCCAAGUUCAUCACCUUCUGCAUGACCUUCUACUUCACCUCCUCCAUCUCCCUCUGCACCUUCAUGUCUGUCUACGAGGGGGUGCUGGUCACCUUCCUGGACCUUCUGGUCACUGUGCUCAACCUCCUGGGCAUCAGCCUGGGCUACUUCGGCCCCAAGUGCUACCUGAUCCUCUUCCACCCGGAGCGCAACACGCCGGCCUACUUCAGCAGCGUCAUCCAAGGCUACACGAUGGGCAGGGACUAGCGCCGCCCAUGGGGCCGGAGGGCCUGGGCGCUGGGAGGUGCAGGUCGGGGGCUUGCCUGUUCAUGCGAUCCCUCACUGGGACCACCUCGUCCUGGCCUCUGAUUGGCGUCCCCUCCAGGGUCUCUGCAUCCUGGUUUCUACCCAUCUAGUCACGGGCGCCUGAACAUACUCACGCUUGGUUUCCUUCCCUCAAGCGGCUUAGCUUGCCAGGCACUGCCACCCCCUGGAAAAAUGACCCAAGGUGACCUACUGCUGGUCUCCUAGGACCGGUCUGAUUUGGCAGCCUACAGGCGCCAUCUGGUGGUCACAGCGGGCAUCUGCGAAUUCCGGCUCAUUCCCUUGGCCUGUGCUCAUGGCCGGGAUCUGUGGGAGGAUGUGGGAGGAUGUGAGAGGAUGUGAGCUCACGUAAUGUUGCCCGGGCAUCUAGCUCCCCACGUGUCUGUGUCUCAUCUCCCAGAUUCCCCCAGAGCUUGGACCCAGGCUUCUGUGUUGUGUCUGAAAAAUGGCUGGCACAGUGGGCGCUUCCUAAAUGCUCCAGAAUAAACCUCACGUG